GUGACAGCAUAUGUGAAUCUUUACUGUAUUGUUCUUGGAGUUACCUUUGUUUUGACUUGAAAGAACUUACAUUCCAACUGUCUUGACGGUAAAUAGGUGCGCAAGUGGAAUUUUACAAAGAUGAGUGAAUCUGGUAAGUAGUUUGAAUAAUAAAAAUCGGCCGCGAAAAUUGUUGUUUUGCGUCACACGCGCGUGUAAGUUUCAACAUGAGGAGGCUUCCUGAUAUAUUAGAUUAUCUCAUAUGUGUUGGCCUUUUUCUCGGCUGAGAAUAUUUAUAAUCUCGGAAGCAAUGUAUUUGGAUAGGGCUGCAUGGAUUAAAACCUUAAUUUGUUCUAUUAAACUGGCCAAAAAAACUUGGCGGGGAGGGGGUAUGGGUCAGGAGGUGGGGGAGGGGGGAGGAUUGUGUUUAUGAAUUUCUGGUCUCUUCGGCCUAUAAAACCUUCUGGCAAUAUGUUGUCUCUUUUUUUUUUUCAAAAUACCUAAUUUAGGACACUUUUCUAAUAAUAGGUGAGUAGUAAAGAAAACUAAGGGUGAUUCUUUCUCCUUCCAGAUAUUGAUGAGCUAUUCCUGAAACAAAAAGACUGCAACCUGUAUGUAGCCACAGCUGUGGCUAGCUUUUUGUCUUGCCUAUUUCUGUUCUACUUUAUAAGUCCAAGAUUCUCAUCACUAGUUUCCUCGGGCUACCAGAAGCUUUCUGUAGCCAAGAGGAUUGAUUGGAACACCAGGUAAUUAAUCAACACGAUUAAAUUUGCAGCUGCAGAAAAAAUCCACAGAGAGGAGUUCCUUGAAGACCCCUCCCCUCCCUUCAGAACAAUGAUCCAUGUUCUUCCUACCCCUCUGGAAACUUUGGUCCUGAUUGACAGAGGAAAAAUGAAGUUUCUAGACAAAGGACACAACAAUAUUUAAAACCACAUAUCGUUUCUUUUCAUGCUCGCUUGUUAACUGUGAAAAUCAUAUGAAAAUAUGUCCCUUGUUUAUCCCAUCCUCAGAGACCCGGUUGGGUCAGUCAGUUGUGUCAGGAGAAGAGGCAUGACAAUAGUUUUCUGGCUUUUUUUCUCCAAACCCUAAAGACUUACCCCGGGUCUCCUGAAGGAUCGACGUGUUAACCCCUGUCCUGCAUAAGAACAAAUUCCAAUUUCUCGCCUAUUCUCUGGAAAUUUCUGAUCCCUUCAAUAGCAAGUGAUGUCAAGGAGCAGAGAGAUCCGACCAAGUUACCACAUCCCCUCCCACCAUCUGUUUCCCACCAUCCUAGUGGCAGAUUAGAUUUUAGGGGAGGAUCCUAGCAACCACCCUAUUUUUGAGCAAUAAUUGGUCAAUUAUUGCAAAACAAUGCCUACAGGGUCAGGAAAACAAUAAUUCGAAGAUCAGCCACCCACCCCCUCGGCAGCUUCCCCCUCCUAAUUCAACAAGAUCUACAUUAAGGUCUGGAUCUCCCUUGUGCAUCCAAAUAAUAAUUUUUCUUUCUAAUCCAAUUUCCUUUAGGCUAAAAACUGAUUAAAAUAAUAAUUCUCAUGUCUUACAGGAUUGGUUCAAACCUGCAUGCCAUAAUCGUCAGUAUCACCAGUUUGUAUUGUUUUUUCUUUGAUGCAGAAACAACUUCAAAUCCUGUGGCGUGAGUAUUUUAAAAACCGGUCAAUCCUUUUCUUUAUUUGCUCGUUUUGCUUCACAGGUGAUAUUUUAGUAAGACGUUUGAUACUAAUAGAUAUCUCUAUGAUAUUUUAGGAGUGAUGCUGUAUUUGUGAGAACAGGGAUUGCAAUCACAAUGGGCUACAUCUCAGCAGGUACAAGUAACUACCAGAGAUUUAUAAGGGCUGCAUUUGCUCCCCAGACUCUCCUCUUAGGCCUUAAUGAAGUAGCACAAGCUAGUCUAUUCUGCAAUAAGAAAAACUGAGUAUUUCAUGUUCAUCUUUUUUCAGACUUUCUGAUUAUAAUGCUAUCAUACAAGCAUAUUGGAGAUUUGUUCACUGUGACACAUCAUGUGAUGGCUAUAUGGGCCUACUAUUUUGUUGUGGUGAGUACUGUAAAGGAGUUACAGUAUAUGCCGAGAUGACGCCCACAUUUUUGGGUCAAAACUGAGCCAAUAUCAAAACUAAGGGUACUUUCCAAAAGUCAGAACUAAUACCCAGGCUGGUUAUUUUGAAAAUUAAAUAUAGUCUUUUCUUGAAAUUCAUUUACAAAAUUGAAGGGUUUUACCAUCAAUGCACAAGCAGUUUAAUCUAUUCCAUGUUUUGACAGGUUUAUGGUUCCCUGCCUUAUUUUGCUAAUGUACGACAACUUGCUGAGAUUUCCACGGUGUUUGUUAAUCAGAGGUUAGUGCUGUAUAGUACAUAGACAGGGGCAGAUCUAGGGGGAGGGUGCAGGGGGUGUGCACCCUCCCCCCCCCCGAGAUGAGACUGCGGUUUUCUAAUACAACUGGUAUUCUGCAAAAAAAAAAAAGGGGGUUUAUUGGUGUUGAAGUAGAGCAAGAGACAAGUGCACCCCCUCCUAAAAAAAAUCCUGGAUCCGCCCGUGAUAGACUAAAACAAGUACCAGGGGUCAAAUUGAUAAAACUUUUACAAGUGUAGCUAUUGUGUUCAGACCGUUGAAAAAAAAUUGAUCCCUGUUUAUUAGAACUCAACAUAACAACAGAACAUCAUGAAUAUGACCAAUUCCAUUGACUAUGAAGGCUGUUGUGCUUGUGAUGAUAUCAUUUCUUUCAUGUGUAAACUGAGACUUUCUCAUAGUUAUUAUUAAUAAUCAGGGGCAGAUCUGGAAAAUCUAGUGGGGAGGGGUCGAUAGGGCACAGAUAGUGCCCCCCUCCAUGUAGCCUGCAAGAGCAGAUGCCUUAAUUUCGAGCUUUUGUUUCCAAUGCCCAAAUAUGAACAAAAGCUGUAAGGCAUGUGAUCUCAAAGGCUAAAUUAAAGUACAUGGUGAAACUAUUUUGUUCUUACAAAACUCUGGGUCUGAGAAUUUGUGCCCAGAAAUUAAGGCUCUAAACGUCUGAGAGAAAAUUCUAAAAAGAAAACAAAAAUGCCAGACAAAAAAAAAUUAAAAAAUAAAUAAAUUAAAAUAAUAAUUAAUUAAUAAAAACUAAUAAAAAAUUUUUAUUAAUAAAUUAAUCAUUUUUUUUUCACAAAAGUGGGGUGUGGCCCUCACCCACUCCUCCCCCUCUAAAUCUGCAUAUGAUACAGACAACCUUUGCCUUGUCGACAUGCUGCUUUUCAUCCCAAUAUGGACAGUAGCUAAAACCCAGCAAACUGAAUUUUACUCUUGCUAUUACAGAGUCUGACUAAUGAGGUCACCAACGCAUUGUCCUGAGUGUCCACAAUAAAGGCAGUUGACUGUAUAAAUACAGUCAAACUUCCACUAACGGCUACCUCUCUACAAUGGCCACUUUUUGGGGGGACAAUCCAUACAUUGACUCUUGAUGAAAGCUCUUCUACAACGGUUGCCUCUCUACCAUGGCCACUUUGUUCUGUCCCCAAGGUGGCCGUUGUCAAGACGUUCAACUGUAUUAUGUAAAGAAAUUUAAUUACCAUGCCUUAUUUCUUCUAGGUGGUUCUUUGAUGCUAUUGGUUAUUCCAGAUUAUCUCGUGGCUUUGUUGUAAAUGGGUAUAUCAUGGGUGCAUCAUUUUUCCUGUGUCGUAUAGCAAUCAUGCCACUAUACUACUACAAGUGUUAUUCAGUCUGGGGAUCUCGACAACAGAAAGACUUGGGAGCACUUAUUAGUUUCUACUGGAUUUCUACCUGCAUUGUACUGGAUUCAAUCAACUUGUACUGGUUUACAAAAAUUGCGAGGGGAGCAAUGAAGCUAACUCGCAAACUGAAAGAACGCAAAGAAGGCUAAUUUUAUUUCAUCAGUCUUUGACAAGUGUUUUAACUAAAUUUUUAAAGAACCUGAGGUUUUUACUAAUCAAUACUUUUUAAAUAUUAAUUUAAUUGGAUAACUAUCAAUAAUUUUUGUAUAAGCAUAAUUUGUCCAGAUGUUAUAAAUAAGCGUUGACUGAUUAUUUAAAAUAGUAUUGAGAUAGUUUUAAUAUAAUUAUGAUGCAAAAAAAGUUGCACAGACCUAUAUAGACCAAUUAGGGCCAGAGAAAUUGUUUAGAUAUUGUGAAAAAAAGAAAUGGUCAAGUG